CUGCAAAACUACCGGUAUCUCGUAAAUAACGCAGAGGCCGCGGCUCCCCCUUACGCCGAAAUUACGUGAACGCUGGCAGGCUCGACCUCUUCCGGCAACCCAGCGUUGGCCCUGGUAACGUAGACUGCUCAGCCACAAACUUUUGAGAGCACAUUCCGUCAAAGAAGCAAACUUUGGCAACGGCAGAAGUACUGCUUUGAUCCAAAAAGCACAAACACCGCUCAACGCACAAACAAAUAUAUACGCAUCCAACAUGUCAGGGACGCUAUCACCCCUCCAAUCAACCCCCUUUAACCCAGCAUCCCUGACCUACGUACUCUCCCUAACGCCAUUCCCAACACACUCCCUCCUCAUCGCCUCCGGCUCCGACAACUCCCUCCGCACAUUCUCCCUCCCAAUCCUCUCGCCCCUCUCCUCUAUCCCACAAGCACACGCAGACUCAAUCAGCGCCGUAUGCGCCUACGAUGAGCACCACCUCGUCACUGCCGGGAAGGACAGAGUGGUGCGUAUGUGGGAUGUGAGGAGUACGCCACCAAAGUGCGUGAUGGAAUACAGAGCGGAAGGAGCGAGAAAACCGCAAGGGUUCACGAGUUUGGCGGUACAGAAGAGGACGGGGCGGAUUGCGGCUGGGACUGAGUUGGUCGGGGUUGAUGCGCCGGUGUAUAUUUGGGAUGCCAACGAGGGCGGAAAACCAGUACGGGCAUAUACUGAAUCACAUAACGACGAUGUUACGGUUCUGGCGUUCUACCCGAACCAGGAUCAUCUGUUGUUGAGUGGCUCUUGUGAUGGGUUGGUUAGCAUCUUUGACCUGAAUGUGGAGGAUGAGGAUGAUGCCGUGCUUCAGGUCGUGAAUCAUAACGCAUCGAUUCAUCGCGCGGGGUUCUUGGCAAGUGGGGAUGCGUUCUUUGCGUUAUCGCAUAUGGAGACCUUCACUAUCUUCCCACUCCGUCUGGAAACUGCGGAGAGAGAUGUUGACGAUGUUAGUGCGGAAGUGAAGCCGAUCGAGUUUGGGGAUUUGAGACAAGUGUUGGGAUGUGAUUACGUUCAGAACUUUGAUCCGGUACGGGGGAGGGUUGUGGUAGGAAGUCAUGAGGAGGGAUGGGUGGAUAUUGUGUCGUUUGACUCUGCGACUGGGAAGUUUGGGGAGAGAUGGCGGAUGGGUGGACAUGAUGGCGAGGUUGCACGGGACUUGAUCAUUGAUGAGGCGAACGCCGUUGUUGUCAGUGGUGGAGAAGAUGGUACAAUAAAGUCUUGGAAGGCAGGAGGAGAGAUUAGUGCGCAGCCCACUACGGCAGAGGUAGGAAAGGACCAGGACGGCAAGAAGAAGAAAGAAAAGAAAGAUAAGAAAGACAGGUACAAGCCGUACUAAGGCUUCAUUUGGACGUAUGGUGUUUGGGUCGAGAUAUUCUUGAAGUAGCUGGGCAAGGGCCGUCGACGUAGGCAUGAGGUCGGCCUUGCGUUCACAUGUCCCCGAGGCCGAGGGAGCGCAUGUCCAUGUAAUGUAGAAAGUGCCUUGUUCGAACGAGCAAGGUUCACUCGUCUGUCAAGUUCAUGUUCAGCAGAUUGUUCUCUUGCUUGUAAUGAAGGCUCAACCCAUCGUAAUGCAUGGUAGGGAGGCAUCGGUAACGGCUGUACAUGUGGUGCGGAUAUAUGUCAACGUUGUAAUAUUAUGCAUAUGG